AUGUCUGCGUCUCAGGACACUCCCGCCGCGAACAACGUUGCAGAUGAUUUUUCUACAGAGACACAUCACGCAGUGUCUGCGUGGUUCAUGGGGCCUAGAGCAGAGAACAGUGAUGUCAUGAAGAAACUGUUAGGCGAAGUCGUCGACCGCGUUACUCGAGAUCGCGUAGAGUACUUUCCAGGCGACCCAGCAUUCAUCACCGCAUCGACGCGGGACUCUGCACCCUACAAGCGCGAAGUGGACGACCUGCAGCGCUACGUCACCCUGCUGGCCGACCUCAUGUCGCGAUACUCCCUCCCGUUCUUCUCCCCGCGCUACAUGGGCCACAUGUGCUUCGAUAACUCCCUCCCGGCCACGUUGGGAUAUCUCACGGCCAUGAUACACAACCCGAACAAUGUCGCCGUCGAAGCGAGUCCGCUCACGAGCUAUGUCGAGUACUGCGUCGGCCAACAGCUAUGCAAGAUGCUCGGAUACCGCACGACCGAGGAUAUAGCCUCGGAGGGAACGAAGUCGACUUACAAAGGGUGGGGCCACCUCACUUGUGACGGUUCAGUCGCAAACUUGGAGUCUUUGUGGUGA